AUGCUCGGUGGACUCCUCUUCUCCUUCUGGAGAAUUGCGGAAGUCAUCACCUUGAUUCCAGUGAUUGGCAUGCUGGCUUGGUUCGUACAGGGUUUCAAUGAGAACAACCAGUUGACUCCGAACUUCAUCCUUGUCCUCUUUAUCGUCGCGAUUCUUGCCUGCGCCUGGGCCAUUGCGACGCUCCUGCGACUCGGAUCCACCCGCCGCUCUGCACUGUUCGUUGCCUUUAUCGACCUCUGCUUCGUGGGCGCCUUUAUCGCGGCAGUGUGGUAUUUACGCGGCAUCUCCAGAGCAGACUGCUCCAACUUCUCCAGCGGUUCCAUCUACAUCGAUCUUGGGCCGUUCGGCUAUUAUGGCCGCACCAGUGGCUCGUCAUGGGCGAUCAAUAUCAACAAGAACUGCGCCAUGCUCAAGGCUUCGUGGGCCUUUGCCAUCAUGAACGUCAUCUUUUUCUUUAUUACAUUCAUCCUCGCUCUCUUUCUCCAUCGCCAUGAGAGGGUCGUUGUCACCAAAGAGGUCCGACGAAGACACAGCCACGGCAGCAGGAGAGGCCAUUCUCGCUCAGGCUCGAGAAGAAGCUCCAGCCGUCGUCGGUAUUAUGUCUAG